CCCCGCCCCCGGUGCCGCUGCCCCGCCGGCCGCGCAGCCCCGCCGGCUCUCGCUCCGGUCGCCGCUGCCCUGGCCGCCCCCCCCGCCGGACCCCGCUGCCCGGCGGCCGCUGCGCGCAGGGGGUUGCGGGCCCCGCCGCCCCUCCCGGCGGCCCCGGCGGCCGCAGCAUGUCGGCCGUGCGCAGGAAGCUGGGGGACACGUACCAGGCGGUGGGCCCGGCCCGCGGCGGCACCCGCCCGGAGCGGCAGCGCUUCGUGGACAAGAAUGGGCGCUGCAACGUGCAGCAUGGCAACCUGGGCGGCGAGAGCAGCCGCUACCUCUCCGACCUCUUCACCACGCUGGUGGACCUCAAGUGGCGCUGGAACCUGCUCAUCUUCCUGCUGACCUACACGGUGGCCUGGCUGGUGAUGGCCUCCAUGUGGUGGGGCAUCGCCUACCUGCGGGGCGACCUGCACCGGCCGCACGACGCCGCUUAUAGCCCUUGCGUGGCCAACGUGUACAACUUCCCCUCCGCCUUCCUCUUCUUCAUAGAGACCGAGGCCACCAUCGGCUACGGCCACCGCUACAUUACCGAGCGCUGCCCGGAGGGCAUCGUCCUCUUCCUCUUCCAGUCGCUGCUGGGCUCCAUCGUGGACGCCUUCCUCAUCGGCUGCAUGUUCAUCAAGAUGUCCCAGCCCAAGAAGCGAGCCGAGACCCUCAUGUUCAGCCGUGCCGCAGUCGUCUCCCAGCGGGAUGGCAAGCUCUGCCUCAUGUUCCGUGUCGGCAACCUCCGCAACAGCCACAUGGUGUCUGCCCAGAUCCGCUGCAAGCUGAUCAAGUCCCGACAGACACCGGAGGGAGAAUUUCUGCCGCUAGACCAGUGUGAACUGGAUGUUGGAUUUGGAACUGGAGCUGACCAGCUGUUUUUAGUUUCCCCAUUAACGAUCUGUCAUGAAAUUAACUCAAAGAGCCCCUUUUUUUGUCUCUCACAAAGAUCACUGAGAAGCGAGCAAUUUGAAAUAGUUGUCAUCCUUGAAGGAAUCGUUGAGACUACUGGAAUGACGUGUCAAGCCAGGACCUCAUAUACAGAAGAUGAAGUUCUUUGGGGUCACAGAUUCCUGCCGGUCAUGUCCCUAGAAGAUGGGUUUUUCCAUGUUGAUUAUUCUCAGUUUCAUGCCACGUUUGAAGUCCCCACUCCUCCUUACAGUGUUAAAGAGCAAGAAGAAAACCUGUCCCUAUCAUCUCCUUGGAAUAGUCCUGCCGAUAAUAACAAGACCAGGAGAGAGCAGGUUUGUUCACUUGAGUGUAUUGAUAUCGCAGGAGAGAUAAACAAGCUCCCACUCAAACUUCAGAAGAUUAGCUCAAGGAAGGAAGACCUUCCAAGAAGAGCCCUGAGAAUGAGUUCCAGUAACACAGAGAAGACUUGCAGUACUGGAGAUCUCUUGAAAAUUCAAGAAAUAAGUUCCAUGUCUGAUGGUGAAGACAGUGAUGACAGGAUACAGCUGAAAGCCUUAAAAUUAAAUGUUGAGGCUUUGACUCAGUCGACCGGCGAUCUCCAGGUACAGAAGAGCCCUCCCAGUAUGUGUGCUCUGGAGAUGAAACUGGAAGAUAAUUUUCCUGCCAAACUUCGAAAAAUGAACUCUGAUCGCCUCUCCUAAGAGCAGAAGCAAUGGGAGUUGUUGCUGAUAAACUGCAUUCGAGACUGCUGACCUGAAAGAGUUGUUGUACGGUAAAGUCAUCGUUUGGUUUUGCUGCUUUCAGGAAGAACAAUCCUUUUUGUAUGAUUGUUCUGUACAGAUCCAACUUAGGUAGCGUAGUAGGACUUUGAGGGGCAGUGAGGUUAGACUGUCGUGCCAAAGAGAUCGCUGCCCUCACGAUGUUUGUCGGCAUGCUUGUUGCAAAUCUACAUUGUCUUCCAUACAUGCAGAUGCUUUUUCACGAAGCAAGGACCAGAUCCUUAGUUGCAGAGUGCAAUGGUCAGAGGUCAAGCCAGAAGGGCGUAAAAGCCAGCUGAAACACAAUUUUGUGCAGCUCAGACCUUGGGAGUGUUGCUGAUGUGUAGAACAGCAGGACACAGGAGGAAUCUGUGACGCUGCUUGGUCAUCGUCCCGUUCUCCCUCAGGGACCCUGCUUGGAGGUGGCCAUCCUGUGCAGCCUGGUGGCACGCAUCCUUCUGUCCCCGUGAGCGUGGCAUGCCAGCUCCGUGUCCCCAGAACCUCGUCUGUUGUCCUUCAGGUAAAGGAAGCAGUUUGCCGUAGCCGUUUGUGUCGCUUGACUCACGCAAGCUCUCAUAAACAUCAGCAUCAUUUGUCCCGUCAAAAGUCAGACCCCAGCAUUCGAUCAGGUGGAUAACGUGGAAUUUUAAUGACUCAUUGUGAAGGGGGCCCGAGUCAGUAGCUCAACUUCAUGGGAUGUCUCAUACUCAACUUUAUGAAAUUUUAGUUUGGAGACUCCUUGUCAGUAAAUUAAAGGAAGUGCUAGAUAAUGCUCGGUCAUUACAGGAGUGGAUAAUAGUACGUACACAUUUCAAGAGUUUUACUAAGGAAUAAUAGUGUCUUUGAUGCUGCUCAUUUUUUAUUUUUUUUUUUGUUACACUUGCGUUCUCCAGUUAUGUAUGAUUCUCAACAAUUUUGUAGAUUUGACAUUUAUAAUAUGAAAUUCAUUGCAGAGCAGAACUCCGUUUCGAUACCAAAAAUCGGAGUCGCUGAGCCCCCUUGCUUUCUAGCACUCCCUGGUAAGGCAGGAGGCUAGGUGCGGCUGGGCCAGGAUUCCGAGAUAAAGCUCAUUAACGACAGAGUCAUUAUUAAGCAGAUAUUCUUUAUUUGCAGCUCUGGGUGCAUAGGGGAUCGCUCCUCCUAGCAUGCACACCCCAGCUCUGGUUCUCACUAUUUUUAUGCUACUAUCUAAUACAGAUCCCUAAUAUUUCCCAGGAAGCUAAUACAUAUUCAAACUAUUUCCCUGAAAUGUUUUACAUAUUUUCCCACCUCUUUGUGCAUUGUGCUGCCACCUUGAGGGUCUUCUCGGAGCGUUCUUUGAUGAAGGCUCGAAGUCUUUGUCCGCAUAAACUUUCGAUCUGGGGGCUCUUGCACACACACAGUUCAUUUCUACAGAUUAAAAAAAAAUAUAUAUUCUCUUGUAGUCCUGGAACACACCAUCCUGUUCUCUAGGUACAGAAACGUUUCUCUUCCUUUGCAGUGCUUCUCACCGUUGUCCGAGGUUAUUUAUGACGUACCCUUACGGUUCUGCAUCCCCUAGUCUAAACUCCCAGACGACAAUUAUGUAGCAAUUAGUUAUUUCCCUGCAUUCUACGUGUGUUAGCACAUUGUACAAGGGUUGAUGAACCCUUGCCAGCUCACCAAAGUCGACCAGUCUCUUAUUCUUUUAACCCUGACGUAUCAGUUUUAACAUAAAUGCAUUAAGAUACUGAAAGAAAAGGCGGCACAGGUCUGUACAUGUUAAAUGUGCAGCUGAGAGAGAAUGCUUUCACAUUUUUUGAGCAUAAUGGAGCAUUCUCUCAAAGUGCUUCUGCUAAUAAUGAUUUAUUUUCAGUUGUUUGAAUGAAUACUUCAGAAGAUCAUCCCUGGAAUAUGGCAACCUUCUCUGUAGAAAUGACCAAAAAGAUGUCAGUGGAAAUUUGCACAGAGGUGUUAGUGUUUUAAUAUUUGGUAUCUCUUUAAAAUGUCAUACAGCUUUUUCUAAGUGACUGGCCUUGAAUAAGAGGGGCAAAUGCUUUUGUGGUUUUAAAAGAAAUCUUGCGUAACUGAAACUGCUGUUUGCCUUACUGAUCAUGAGGAAAUGGCGAGAACUAGACUUGGACUUUCUUAGAUUUCCUGGGGUUCUACACUUCAGAGCAAUCGCAUCACUAUUCGGCUAUUCUGCUUUCCAUCUCAAUCUGUGGAAGAGGUCUUUUUUUUUCUUUUUUUUCUUUUUUUUUUUUUUCUGUUUGGUGGUGAGGAACCAUAAUCAGACCUGGCUGUUUCGCAAAAUGUGAUGCUCAGUAGCUCAGUAGACAGGGUGCUUAUCACUAGCAGAGCACUCCACAACAGAAGGAUCAAAUUCUGCUCAUUACAUGGACAGAAUUGUCAAAUUUCCAAGGGGUUGCUGUGGCCAUAUCAAUUGGAAGUGCGUGCCUCGAUGACUAAAGUGGAGCAGUGAAGUGAUCUAUCCAAGCCAGAGAGAGCUUGGCUUGCAGGAAUUGCCUUUUCUUGUGUUUGAUCUCCUGCCUGCAGUGUGAAACUGGAAAAUAGUACUUUACAGAAGGGUGGGAUGUGCUCCUUGUUGUUGUUUUCAACAUGAAUUUCAACAUUAUAUAUGUGCUGAAAUCUGUGUUUUCAUUUAUUAAAUGUAUCGGGAUGGGA